UCUACCUUUAAAACCUUUGCAUGUGACUGCCGUGUUAUCUCGAUGUUAACGUGAAACUGUCACACGAACAUUUCCAAAGCAAAUUCCAGUUAGAUUCUAAUAACUAUGGCGUCCAAAGGAAAAACAUCUUGCUGUUGCGGCCCAAAAAGCUAUCAAAUCGUCAUGGUGCGGCAUGGAGAAUCGGAGUGGAACCAGAAGAACCUUUUUUGCGGCUGGUUUAACGCUGAUUUAAGCGACAGGGGUAGGCAAGAGGCUGUCACUGCAGGAAAGGCAUUAAAAAACGCUGGUCACCGGUUUGAUCUUGCUUACACGUCUGUCCUACAAAGAGCAAAUAAAACACUCGACGGAAUUCUGCAAGAGCUGAAUCAAACAGGCAUCCCAAUUGAAAAGACUUGGAGGUUGAACGAAAGGCAUUAUGGCGGCCUGACAGGACUCAACAAGGUAGAUACAGUGGCUAAAUAUGGGGAAGAACAGGUGGCAAUUUGGCGAAGAAGUUUCGACGUACCGCCCCCACCCAUCACACCUGAUAAUCCGUAUUACGAUGUCAUUUUAAAUGACCCAAUUUAUAAAGAUGGCCCUCCCAAAAACGAAUUUCCCCUGUUCGAAUCGUUAGAACUCACCAUCAAAAGAACCCUUCCAUUUUGGAAUGAUAAAGUUGUACCGCAAUUGAAAGCCGGCAAAAAAAUUUUAAUAGCGGCACAUGGCAAUAGUCUGAGAGGAAUAGUCAAACAUUUGGAUCAGAUGAAUAAUGAUGAAAUAAUGAAACUAAAUUUGCCUACUGGUAUACCGUUCAUGUAUACUUUAGACAAAGAACUGAAACCAGUUCCUGGGGGAAGCCUACAGUUCUUAGGUGAUCCUGAAACUGUCAAAAAAGCUAUGGAUGAAGUAGCUAACCAGGGCAAAGCCAAAAAAUAGUGGGGCACAGUUGAUCCUAAAAACUACCAUGAAAUGGCUUAAUUGUAUGAAUAAAAAAUUAAUUAACGAAAUAUAUUAUGGGUUUCUCAGCAAAAGUUAAAA